AUGGCUCGCGCAUUAUUACUACUCACACAAAAUAAGUUCACUAGCGUAUCUCAAGUAGGUUUUGCCACAGGAACGUUGCUCCUGUGUGCACUGGCGCUCUUCAUGUGCGCCAGCCAUUCGAGGAAGUGGAAGCGCAAGUGGAGAGGCUAUGGUGAUCAACAUGACCCUAUUAUUCACAUCAAUCAUGAAAAGAUUGAUGAGGAUUACCAUUUUGAAGGUGAUGAUCCAAGCACCUGUAGUGGUGAAGUUGCUAUUUGGAAGAAGAAUAUAAUCAUGGGAGGAAAAUGUCAGCUUCCUGAAUUUUCUGGUGUCAUAAUAUAUGAUACUGCUGGGAAUUUAGUUGAUCCCAAAACUCCAAGACCUCUUGCUCUUACAUGGAAAGAAUAG